ACAAGGGAAGCUGCUCGAAGAAGGUGGUGGUUUUGCAGGGAAGGUAACAAACUGGAACUUUAGUGACACAUCACUAAAAGGCGAAAUACUGCAGACAACCUUAGGUUCAACGAGACCAUGACUCGUAUUUUCCGUCUCUCUGUUUUCACCAGCCUGACCAACAUAAGAUUCAGGUGUACCCAGCAUUCAGUGCCGCCGAACUAUUGGAGAUGCCUGCUAGUGUAGGUACUAUUUUAGUGCAGCCAACGGGAGAAAGUGGCACGGCCCUACAAGCCCAGAGCCUCCCACACCGAAAAACGUCCAUCAAUGCUUUUGUCCUUUUUAGUAAUGGAGAAUGAGGAUGCAUGAGAGCCUUGCCUAAUUCGUUCCAUAUACUGCGUGCCUGGACAUAUUUGCCCGCAUUUCUGUCUCUCAAAGGACUCACUGAGGCAGCAAAACGCCAUGUCUGAUGAUGAGGCCGAUCCCGAGCUUCUGGCUCUCCUCCGCCAGCAUUUCAUAGGACAGGCGUCACUCAACGAGGAACCAGAGACAGGGGUGCUUGAAGGUGCCGAAUAUGUCUACGACAACUCUAUCGACGUGGCGGUGGACAUGCGGUCGACCAAGAAUGCCGCCGCCGCUAUCUUCGCCCAGAUGCAGCAGAAGAACUACUCCACUGCGAGCUGGUCUGAGGCCGAGCUGCACCCAAAGACGAAGGAUGAGAGCACCGUUGCCUUCAUUUUCACUAUGGACCUCCUGAAUUUCUCUUUCUGGUCCGAGCUGCCGGAUGCCGAGCGGUUCGCCGUGUCUUACCGCGACAAACGGUGGACCGGCUACUGGAGUCUUGUCGCGUCCCUGCAGCGGGCGUUGGAUGAAGGCGUGCCCAUAACCGACCCCCAUUUCUGGCAGAGCGAGGAUGAGUGCACACUAGAUGCCCUGAGGCAGGUCUUCAGGUCUAGCACCGAUGAAGAGAUACCCCUCCUAGAAGAACGGUUAGCCUGCCUGCGGGAGGCCGGCCAGGUCCUAUAUGAAAGAUACCAAUGUAGCGUUGCGAACCUCGUGGCCGCCGCCGACGGCUCCGCAGCGGCGCUUGUAAACCUUUUGGCGCGCGACUUUGCGUGCUUCCGCGACGAGCACACUUUCGAAGGUCGCCGCAAGCCGAUACGCCUCCUCAAGCGGGCGCAGAUCUUUGUUGCCGAUCUGUGGGCGUGUUUCGGCGGCGAGAGCCACGGUGCCUUCAGGGAUAUCGACAAGAUCACCAUGUUUGCCGACUAUCGGGUCCCCCAGAUGUUGCACGGCCUAGGCUGUAUAUUCUAUAGCCCGCCGUUGGGUGCAGCCAUUCGGGGCUUGAAAGUCAUUGAGAGCGGCUCCAGCUGGGAGAUGCAGCUAAGAGCAUGCAGCAUCUGGUGUGUCGAGCUCAUCAGGAGGGAGAUUAUAAGGAAUCACCCUGAUGCGGAUAUCAAUGCAAUCCUGAUAGAUUUCUUCUUGUAUGACACCGUCAAGAAAUUGGAGGCGUCGGGAAAGGAGACUGCUCCACACCACAGGACCAGAAGCAUCUGGUACUGACCGAUCAAUACUAGGUUAGGUAGCCAUGACUCUUGGAAACACUUGCCGUUGGCGUGACAUCCGAUAUCGGUUCCAAACAAGUUGGUAUCCCCUUCCUCAACGACCGUAAAAUCAACAUAAGCCAGUUUUCCCCCAAAUUGUCAC